CAAAAAAAAAAAAAAAUCUGGCAAGCUGACUUGGCUACGCGCGGUCUUCGAGUGCGCUCGGUUGAAGCUUUGCUAGCAAGCAAGUCGCUAUCGUGAAUGAUUUCGCAGUCGGUUGCACAUGAUAUGAUUCAGAUACCAUGGAUAUAUCGCUGCCGCACUGGCUGUGUUGGGGUCUUGCGACUGGCGUGACAUCCCCCCCCUCGCGUGCCUAUGCCCAUUAUUGCACGAUCUUCGGUGCCGAUGCAGAGGAUGAAGGUAUCAGACAGCAAAGAGUGCAUCCGGUCUGUUAGGCUAUUUUGAGGCUGCAAUAUUGCGCAGCUUAGAGAAUUCGGCAAAAUAUUAUCGUUUCCAACUCUAUGCCGAAGCAAAAGUAUCCAUCCAACUUGAAGUCGGUUUUUGAUCCGACCAAUCCUGUACCUUUUGAAGCGUCGGUGUUAUCGGAUAAUGUUGCGAGUGGCACGGUGUCCCUCGCUCAUGCUGCGUGGAUGUCCACGUGCUCCACUGCUCCGUCCUCUAGCCGCGCUCUACUCAACCUCCUCUACCUCUCGGGUGCCUGUCGCCUCGCAAGCUAACGGAUUCGCCCGAGGACGCUCCAUCUACCACGUCCUCCCAGCGGAUUCCCAAUCGAAACAACACAAAUUUCAAGUGGAAAAGACUGGAGGAACGCUAGGAUUGUGGAGUCAACAGACUGACAAACCCACGAAGGCUUCGAGCUUCGCGGCAGCGCAACGAACAAGCACAUGGCUGUAUAAUGUGCUUUGGGACUUAUUCCUGCCCAAAGAUGCCCAUACAUCAGUGACCAAAGACUAUUUCCCAUACGCCAAGUGGAGCUUCGUGGGCUCCAUAGCGUCUUGUGCCGCCGGUGUGUUGUCAAUGCAAUCACUAUUAUACGCUGUUGGCCUAGGCGCUGGAGCGAUCCCCACUGCCGCAGCAGUGAAUUGGGUACUCAAGGACGGACUGGGACAAUUUGGAGGGGUGUUAUUUGCCAGUAUCGUCAACAACCGAUACGAUGCAGACCCGAAACGUUGGCGUAUAGCGUCGUCCAUAGCGCUGGAUAUAGCUGUGCUUGGAGAGAUCUUAACUCCGUUGGCACCAGGGAGUUUCCUGGCAAUUGCAUCACUGGCAAACGUCGCCAAAAAUGUGGCGUGGUUGAGUGCUAGUGCAACACGUGCAGGUUUCCACAAUUCGUUUGCAAUUAGAGAAAAUCUGGCAGAUGUGACGGCCAAGGCGGGGUCUCAAGGGAUCGCGUCGUCGAUCUUUGGUACAGGACUGGGAAUUUUGAUCUCGCAGUGGACUGGAGCGCAUACUUUGAAUGUUGUGGCUGCGUUCUCUGUACUCUCGGCAGUUCACAUGAUCAGCACGUACAAGUCCGUAGACUGUGUGCAGUUGCGUACCUUGAACUGCCAGCGUCUGCAUAUUAUCGCCACACACUUCCUGAAACCAUCAUCAGAAGCUCGCGAGAUCCCUAGUAUGAAGACCGUGAGCGAGCGAGAAGUUUUCAUCCCCACGAUGUUAACUGGAUACCAGACAUUGCACGACAAAUCUGUAAUUCACGAGGAUGCUACGUUGGAUCAACUUUCGCAGGAUAAUCCAGAUAUUCUUGGCCGAUUGAAGGAUUUUUAUGGUGUGGAGAAGUAUCUGCUGAACUUGACACUCAUGGAACGAGGAGCGCAUCGUAUUGACUUGGCUUUGGAGGAGAAUGCAACGCCUCAAGACGCACUUUGUGCUCAUUUGCACGCUGUUUUAAUCCAAUUGGCACUUGAAGACGCUGUCACACCGAAUGCCUGGGAGCUUGUUGAAGCGAAAUAUUACGAUGCACAAGCGUUAAACGACGAGUUCAUUGCGCGACUGGAAGAAUCCAUGUGGCACACUGAAAAUCUUCUCGUAGAAGAAAAAAACUCACGCUACAAAUGGUUAGUAUGAUAAAACCUGGGUGAAAUAGUGCUCGAAAGCUAAAAAAACCACAACGAAAUUCGUUUUAUCCCGA